UGCUUUAUGCGUGCAAUACGUAUGUGUGCGUUUGCACACUCAUUGCACAACUGCGCCGAUCUUGACUCCCGGAGCAGCCGAAAUCCGUGUCCUACACUCAUGCGGUUCACCUAUGCAUGUUUGCCGAGACAUUCUUAAACGUCAUGGCACUCGAUGUUAGUUUCGACUGAAGCCUUGGGGACACAGGCUGCACCGCACUAUCCGCGUAUUGGGUUCGGCGGCGACUGUUUGAUGAUGCACACCUCUCGGCGCCAGAGAGUGCUGCAAGUCGAACAAUUUAUGCAAACGAGGGUCGGACCAAUGAAGAAGAUUCCGAAACCAAUCCAUAUAUAUUCAAGCACAAUUCGACGACUUUGUGGUAGACAAUAAAAGCACUUCUCAUUCGCGACUUUGGCCUUCUGCAAUCAUGGCCUCACUAGACCAAAUCUCACAGCAUUCUGGCUCGACUUCUGCCACUCUGCAAACUUUCCUGGGCGCAAUACUACUAGCGGGCAUAUACUGGGUACUCACAGGAGGCCAACAGCCAGUGGGAGGCAUACCGAUCAUCCAAAUUGACCGCAACAAGAAUGAGAGAUCGUGGCGAGCAUGGCGAUCCACCGCUUCCGACUUCCAGGUGCGUCCCCAGGAGGUUGUGGAGAACGGUGAAAAGGUACCUGGCGGCAUUUUCCAGGUCAAAGCUGGAGCUGGGUACAAAGUUGUGCUGCCAAACCAUUUCGCCCACGAGCUCCGGAACAAUCCAGAUUUGGCUUUCGAUCAAGCAGUAGAGAAUGAUUUCCAUACCCACUUACCUGGCUUUGACGGAAUGAAGGAGUCAUCGAGGCGGGAUGGCUUGAUGGCAGAUAUUGUACGCAUCAAAUUGACGCAAGCUCUGGGCCUCCUCACAACAGACUUGGUCGAUGAAACAGACUACGCCGUUAAGCUAUGGCUUGGACAUAGGGACGAUUGGACCAAUACCGUGCUCAAGCCCGGUGCUCUCGACGUGAUUACCCGAGUUUCAUCGAGAAUCUUCGGCGGUAAAGAGCUGGCACGCGACGAGCAGUGGCUUGAGAUCACAAAGAACUACACGAUCUACGCCUUCCAGGCAGCCUACAAGCUUCACGAAUGGCCGAAGGCUCUGAGGCCAAUCGCAAACUGGUUCUUCGAGGACGAUGCUAAGACGGCUCGUAAAUAUGUUGCUGAGGCAAGACGCUUGGUGACGCCACAAGUUGAAAAACGUCUGAAAGCUAGAGAUGAAGCCAUUGCCAGCGGUGUCUCAAGCAAGGCCCUUCCCGAUGUGUUCUCGUGGGCACUGGACGUUGCUAAAGGUCGCCCAAUCAAUUUCGCCGAGACUCAGCUCGCCUUAUCCAUGGCUGCCAUCCACACUUCCACCGAGUUGACUAUGCGAGUCAUGAUAAUGCUCUGCGAGCAUCCCGAAGUCAUUGAGCCGCUUCGACAAGAGAUGAUCACUGUGUUGAAGCAAGACGGAUGGGCAAAGACGUCUCUUUACAAAAUGAAGCUGCUGGACUCUUUCAUCAAAGAGUGCCAGCGCUUCUCGCAGAUGGCUAUCGCCUCAAUGCACAGAUACGUCACUAAACCCGUCACUCUUUCAAAUGGAACCACCCUCCCAACAGGCACCUGUAUCCUCGUCCUCGACAACGGAACCCAAAACCCCGAGUACUACUCCUCUCCAGAAAAGUUCGACGCCUGGCGAUACCUCAAAAUGCGCCAACGUCCCGGCGAAGAAAACCAACAUCAACUCGUCACCACGGGAACAGAUAACUUGGGUUUCGGCCACGGACAACAUGCUUGCCCCGGAAGAUUCUUCGCUUCGAAUGAGAUUAAGAUCGUUCUGUGCUAUCUUCUGAUUCAGUACGAUUGGAGGCUUGAACCGGGAAAAUCUGCUUUGCCGGAUUUGGAAUUCGAGCAUGUGCGUAAUGCGAAUCCGGGGACGGUGGUGCAGUAUAAGAGUCGGGAGGCGGAGAUUGAUGUUUUGGAUCCUACGGCUUGAAGGAGAUUGGGAAGCGGGGAGGUUGGAGGCAGGGAGAGGAUCUUAUCGUGAAUAGACAGAGGGUUGAUUCAAAUGCAAGUAAUCUCUUGCCAAAUUUACAGACAAUAAAUGUCGCUGGCGAUGGAAGAACAGUCUACCGCCCGAUACUCCCUCCCAAUCAAAUGUACCUAAUGGCGAAAGUGUGUAUCGUAGGCACCAAUCAACUGAACGCCCCGUUUUGUCCCUCGACCAAACAGCUAUCAUAGCGCUACAAUUUCUCGGCUAUGCCCACGCCAUACCCGUCCGAGGAACGCACUGAAUACUGUUCCGUCGCGCGAUGCGCGAAAGUCUGCGCUUGUUGCCAGAAAGCUGUUGAGGUCGAGAUUGUCGUACCAACGAUUUGUUGUUGCUCCGCAGCGAAGCCGGCUCCUUGUUACCAGCAGCAGCAGCAGCUAGGUUGACAAUGUGUUGGUGGAACAUGCUUAGUGGGUGAUCUUGGAAGAAAGCUGGACUAGGAGGAGGAACAGCAGAGGAUUCCUCGGGGACGCUCGAAGGAAGGUGGAAGUGAGUGUUGAUGUGCAUUCGUGAUAGAGGAGUGGUUGGUGUCUUGAUGGGCAUCUCUUCGAUUUGUGUUGGAACUGGUGCUGCCGAGACUGAUGAAGACAGUACAGGCUCGUUGUUGCCGCUUUCGAAGGCGCGUUGGAUAGCUUCCAUGGUCGCUACGGUCUGCCGGUGGCUUUCCAAUGAGCUUGCGUAUAAUGAGGUAUGCCCUUUGACAUAAUCGCCAAAUCCG